GCUGUCGGCGGCGCCUAUUUCCCGCCAUUGUGCGAAGUGGAGGCUGGGGGCCCGCACGCGCCGCCUGCCCGUGGCCAGCAGCUUCUCGGCUGUCGCCGCCACAGCCGCGGAUCCCUGAGGCGCUGGGAGGCCGGGCGGCCCGAGCCCCGAAGCUCGCCGUGCGUGGGAGGGCGCGGGCUACGAGCGACCGAGCCCCCGAGGAGGAGCCGCGGCGCGGGACGCCGGGCCGCGGCAGCCCCGGCCCGUCGGCGAGAUGCCCUGUGGGGAGGAUUGGCUCAGCCACCCGCUCGGGAUCGUGCAAGGCUUCUUCGCCCAAAAUGGAGUUAAUCCUGACUGGGAGAAGAAAGUAAUUGAAUAUUUUAAGGAAAAGCUGAAGGAAAAUAACGCUCCUAAAUGGGUACCAUCACUGAAUGAAGUUCCCCUUCAUUAUUUGAAACCUAACAGUUUUGUGAAGUUUCGUUGCAUGAUUCAGGAUAUGUUUGACCCUGAGUUUUACAUGGGAGUUUAUGAAACGGUUAACCGAAACACAAAAGCACGUGUCCUUCAUUUUGGAAAAUACAGAGAUGUAGCAGAGUGCGGGCCUCAACAAGAAGUUGAUUUAAACUCCCCACGAACUACCACUCUGGAAAGACAGACUUUCUAUUGUGUCCCAGUGCCUGGGGAAUCUACGUGGGUAAAAGAAGCCUAUGUUAAUGCAAACCAAGCUCGAGUCAGUCCGUCAACGUCCUACACUCCCAGUCGUCACAAGAGGAGUUACGAAGACGAUGAAGAUAUGGACCUACAGCCCAAUAAACAGAAAGACCAACAUGCAGGGGCCAGGCAAGCAGGGAGUGUUGGUGGUCUUCAGUGGUGUGGAGAGCCAAAACGUUUAGAAACUGAAGCUUCUACUGGCCAACAGCUGAACUUCUUGAACCUCUCUUCUCCUUUUGACCUGAAUUUUCCACUGCCAGGGGAGAAGGGCCCUGCAUGCCUUGUGAAGGUCUAUGAAGACUGGGAUUGUUUCAAAGUCAAUGAUGUUCUUGAGUUAUAUGGUGUCCUAUCUGUGGAUCCUGUGCUAAGUAUACUGAAUAAUGAUGAAAGAAUGAGGCGUACAGUUAGAGUGCUGUGUCUAAAAUUACCGGGGGAUGCCUCUUCACUCCUGGAUCCGAUGGAAUGCACGGACACGGCCGAGGAGCAAAGAGUGCACAGCCCUCCUGCUUCAUUAGUGCCAAGAAUUCAUGUGGUUUUAGCCCAGAAGUUGCAGCACAUCAAUCCUUUACUGCCUGCUUGCCUUAACAAGGAGGAGAGCAAAACCUGUAAGUUCGUUUCAGGUUUCAUGUCUGAAUUGUCUCCCGUCCGAGCAGAGCUGCUUGGGUUCCUCACGCAUGCGCUUCUGGGAGACAGCUUGGCCGCCGAGUACCUGAUCCUGCAUCUCAUCUCUACGGUGUAUACAAGAAGAGAUGUUCUUCCCCUGGGAAAAUUCACAGUUAACUUGAGUGGUUGCCCAAGGAAUAGUACCUUCACAGAACACUUGUACCGGAUUAUUCAACAUCUUGUUCCAGCAUCUUUUCGUCUGCAAAUGACUAUAGAGAACAUGAACCAUUUGAAAUUCAUCCCCCACAAAGACUAUACAGCCAACCGCCUGGUCAGCGGGCUCCUGCAGCUCCCGAGCAACACUUCCCUCGUGAUCGACGAAACUCUCCUCGAGCAAGGGCAGCUGGAUACACCAGGUGUUCAUAAUGUGACUGCCCUGAGCAACCUGAUAACGUGGCAAAAGGUGGAUUAUGACUUCAGUUACCACCAGAUGGAAUUCCCCUGCAAUAUUAAUGUGUUUAUUACUUCGGAGGGGCGGUCACUCCUUCCGGCGGACUGCCAGAUCCACCUGCAGCCGCAGCUCGUCCCGCCCAACAUGGAGGAGUACACGGACAGCCUCCUGUCGGCCGUGCUGCCCUCCCUGCUCAACAAGUUCCGCAUCUACCUGACGCUGCUGAGGUUCCUGGACUACAGCAUCUCCGAUGAGAUAACCAAGGCGGUUGAAGAUGACUUUGUGGAAAUGCGCAAGAACGACCCUCAGAGCAUCACUGCGGAUGACCUCCACCAGCUGCUCAUCGUGGCUCGGUUUCUGUCUCUCAGUGCCGGUCAGACAACACUGUCGAGAGAGCGAUGGCUCAGAGCACAGCAGCUGGAGUCUUUAAGAAGAACCAGGCUUCAGCAGCAGAAAUGUGUGAAUGGAAAUGAACUUUAAAGAUCUGACGCCUAGGAGAGUGGUGGGCAGAUUGUGGCCACAUUAUUGUAAAAUUCAAAUACCAUUUAUACCACAUUGUUUUGUAGAUAAUUUGUAUCAAAAACCAAUGACUUUUCCUGAAAUCAGCCUGGUAACAUCUGAAGUUUAUAUAAUAUUCAGUAAGGGCUUUUACCUUACUGAUUUUAUGGAGCUUUUGAUUGUUUUAUAAUUAUAUAAAUUAGUAACAAUGUACAAAAAUGUAUUUGAUAUUAAAAGUUUAAUAUUGACGAUAAUGUUGCUGAUACCAUUUCCUUAGUUUCAGCUAAGUCAUAGGUCAGUCAGAUUCUGUUGAUGCUCAUGUCAGCUUCACUUGAAAAUUGUUGGAAUUCCAAAGUCAGAGGAGUUGUUCACUUGAGAUUUUUACAAUGUCUUUCCAAUUAACGGUGGGUCUGAAUGUGUUUAGUGGUCGAAGUUUGGGGAAUGGGGUGUACCUGCCAUUAAUUCACAUGACUGUGUGAAAUUCUGUAGUAUCAUUUCCCAAACAUUUGACCACAGAAGUUUUUUUUCCACUUAACAGUUGUUAAUAACCUACAGAAUUAGUCUUUUUUACAUGGCAGUGGUUCCCAGACUUUUGGAUUCCAUGGACCAGUAACAUUUCCAAAAAUUUGGGGGACAGGGUUGCCAAUGUAUUUUGCCAAGUAAUCUGAAAGAAACCACUGUAUUAUAUCACUUUUUUUUUUUUUUUUUUAUGAAAGGACGGUCUCAGAAUGAGAGUCCUUUAAAUGGAAUAAAUAUAGCUUUUUUGGAAAAAAAACA